CACCCAGGCACCCCUUCAGCUCCUUUUUCCUUUUUAAUCUAACAUAUAUUUGCUUUAAAAAAAAAUUCCACAUAUUUGAAAAAGAUCCGGUGAGGGUUUUAAAUUAAGGAUUCAAGAUAAACAAUCAGAUACUUGGCUUUGAAGAUUAUUGAAAUACCUUACAGCUACUAUUGGAUUUGGCGUGCUAAUGUUCAUUAAACUGCAGCACUUUGAGGAUUGUUCAGGAACGGCUGGUAAACUAAUUACCAGAGGUCACAAGAGCUGCCAUAAUUGACAGUCUUCAAACUCCUUACACUCCGGAGUGUGAAAUGCAGCAGGAAAACGAGGCAACUUCCAAAUCAGGGAAGAUGGAGAAUGGUAUUACAAAAGUAACUUUCCUGCCGGGCUCCAGAGUUCCUACAUAUUUAAUAAGCUACAAACUACAAAACGCGAUAAAGCCAUCGAAGCUUUUCCACACAUGGUCACACCUACCCAGGCUAACGGGAAAACAGAUCUUAACUGGAGCCAGAGUUGCUGUUCCUCAAAUAAUGCGCAAGGGUUUCCUGAAAAGCCACAGCGAACCAAUUCUAACCCGGUCCACAACUGCUUUUUAAAGUCUCCCCCAGAAAUGCUCUCCUUCGGCCGCGGCGCUUGCUGGGCGCUUGCCGGACUAGCCCUCCGCCUGUUUCCCCAUUCUCCGCUCUGGACGUCAGCCUCGGCGCCCCGAGGCCAGCGCAGAGGGAGGGGAGGCAGAGCGGAGGGAGAGAGGAGAGCGAGCGAGGGAAAUGGUCAAGUCCUCCUUAACUCUGGGCCCCCUCGCGGGCCUCACCCCUCCUCCCGGGGGCUGAGAUUGGAGAGGAAGUGGGAAGGCUCCAAUCUGUUCCUCACACCAGCGCCCUCAUGCCCCCACCCUUCUCCGCAGCUCGGGGCUUCGGCGCGCCUCAUCCCCGCCCCUCACCCCGGGAGAGGAGCGGGCGCCGCGGCAGGGCUCGCGGAGAGAGGCCGGGGGAAGCGGACUGUCUCCGCUCGGCAGCAGGGGCCCGCAGCCGCCCGCCCCCGGGCGAGCCAGGCCCGAGGGCAGCCCCGGAGACCGCGGCGGCCGGAUGCGCGGGCGCGUCACUUCCGGGCGGUGCAGCGGCGGCCGCUUGGAAGAUGGCUGCGCCCUGUGGCUCGGAGCUGCCCGCCAACUCGCCGCUAAAAAUCCCGAAGAUGGAGGUGCUCUCCCCGGCUUCUCCUGGUGGCCUGAGCGACGGAAAUCCAUCGCUGUCCGACCCUUCCACGCCUCGGGGUGCCUCCCCGCUCGGGCCGGGCAGUGCGGCGGGCUCGGGGGCAGCGGCGUCUGGGGGUCUCGGGCUGGGGCUGGGGGGCCGCAGCGCCGCCUCGUCCUCGGUCUCCUUCUCCCCUGGUGGCGGCGGUGGCGGGGCUGCGGCAGCCGCCGCCGCCGCCUGCCGGGGCAUGUCGUGGACGCCGGCCGAGACGAACGCGCUCAUCGCAGUGUGGGGCAACGAGCGGCUGGUGGAGGCGCGGUACCAGCAGCUGGAGGGAGCCGGCACGGUGUUCGGCAGCAAGGCCCCUGGGCCAGCCAUGUACGAGCGCGUGUCCCGGGCCCUGGCCGAGCUGGGCUACGAGCGGACCCCUUCCCAGUGCCGGGAGCGCAUCAAGACCCUUCGCAGGUGUUACAGUCGGGUGAAAGAACAUGGUGUUGGGAAAAGAAAGAGCAGUUACACAUUUGAACAGUUGGAACAGGUGUUUGGUCAGGGAGGAUGGGAUGCUCAGCCCUGCCAGCCUGUACUUAUUAACAGUAGUGGCUUGUACCAGGAGCUGGAGUCAGAUGGCAGCACUAUGGAGGAGUAUUCACAGGAGGACUGGGGAAACCACAGUCAGGAUCUCCACGGCUAUCCAACAGAUCAGGAAUUGGAUGAAAUACCUGUCACAAAGAGAACAUUAAAAAUAAAACAAGAGUCUUCUGAAGAAGCACAGAAGAGAGACAUCAUGCAAAAUAUUGUACAAAUUUUGGAAUCAGUCCAAUUGAAAUGGGAACUGUUUCAGAGCUGGACGGACUUUUCAAGGCUUCAUCUUUCUAAUAAACUGGCCAUUUUUGGAAUUGGUUAUAACACCCGUUGGAAAGAGGAUAUCCGUUACCAUUAUGCUGAGAUCAGCUCCCAGGUGCCCCUUGGGAAGCGACUCCGGGAGUACUUCAACUCCGAGAAGCCCGAGGGACGGAUCAUUAUGACCCGUGUGCAGAAAAUGAACUGGAAAAAUGUUUACUACAAAUUUUUAGAGAUCACCAUUAGUGAAGCUCGUUGCCUGGAGCUGCACAUGGAAAUUGACUGGAUACCCAUUGCCCAUUCCAAACCAACUGGUGGGAACGUUGUUCAAUAUUUAUUACCAGGAGGCAUUCCCAAAAGUCCAGGCCUUUAUGCCAUUGGCUAUGAAGAAUGUAUUGAGAGGCCUCCCUCACCGCACAUGGAGCGACGUUCCCUGGACCCAGGAAAGGAGAGCCGGGUUGACUUGGAGACCCUGUCAGCACAAGCCUCAUUACAGGUGGAAAUUGAACCCACCCGAAUAACCUAUUGCUACCUCGGGAUUGCUGAGGUCAGGACUCUCCAGCAAUGCUUAUUUUUACAUUUCCAAGCAAAUACCAAAACCUUCAGCAAAGAUUGGGUUGGUAUUAAUGGGUUUUUGUCUCAGAACUGUAUUGUGGAUCCUGGAGUUUCCCCCAAAUCCAUCUAUAUCAAAUUUGUAGAAGUAGAGAGGGAUUUUCUUUCCGCUGGCUCAUUAGUUGAGUGCCUGGAAAAAGCCAUUGGAUACCCCUUAAAAUUUAACAACUGAAUGUCAUCCUUCAUAAGGAUUUGGGCUCUUACCUUCCUCUUCUCUACUCACUUUCCAUUACCCAGACUGUUCCCUCAUCCAGAUGCUGCCAUCAGACUCUUAUGGGAAUUCUUUCCACAAUUGGGCCAGUACAACUUCUACGGAAUCAUAUGAGACUUUGAACAGAAAACACAGACCUCACCUGAAAAUGCUCAUUUUGAGCAAGCAAGAUUUACAGCGAACUUGCAUGGUGGGUCAGCUGUUUCUUUUUUAAACACAAAAAAACAAUUUUUAAAUGGAUUUUAGAGCCCUAAUAUAAACAAAUGUAGGUACAUUCCAUAUUGGACAAAUCUUAUACUUUGAGUUUCAUAUGAAAUUGAAAAAUUGUAUUUUUUUCACAAUGUUUCAUUUUUACACAUCUCUACGUCUCUAUAUAAGUGUUAUUUACAACCCUGAAUAAGCAAUAGAUAAUGGCAAGUUAAAUCUUGAAUCACCGUAAAUAAGACUGUUUUUCAAUAUCACCCUUAGCUAUAUUGUAUAUAAUUUAGAGUUUCAUUUUUUUCACCAACCAAGUGUUUUGCUAUUCCCAGUCAGUGUUGCCUGCAAAGACCUUUGUUUCUGUGAUGUACCAACUUUACGGUUGUGUUGCCAUUUAAACUUUUUAACGAAAAAAUUAUUAAAGUAAUUCUUGGCCUCUUGGA